AAGUAAUCAAACUCUCGAACAUAUGCAUGCCUAUAUCUCAUAUCUUUGUAGGCUUUACAAUGUAUAAUAUUUACAAAGCAGCUGGAGUGCAGAAACAGGGCGCCCUAAGAACCAUUACUGAUCUAUCGAAGCCGCCCACCACUCUCAAAUUGAGAGAAAGAGAAGAGAGAGAGAGCUUUUCGUUCUGAAAGUUUUUAUGACUCAUCGCCAUCAUGGUUCAAAACAAGCAUCAGAAAUCCAAACCGAAAAAACAGCCAAAAGUCGUGAAGCAUGGCAAACACACUGAUCUUACUCAUUUCAAAUCUCAGCUAGAUGCACUUGGUCUGAAGAUUAUUCAAGUGACUUCUGAUGGGAAUUGUUUAUUUCGAGCUCUUGCAGAUCAAUUAGAAGGCAAUGAAGAAGAGCAUCACAAGUAUCGAGUUUUGGUGGUUGACCACAUAACUAAGCACCGAGAAGAAUUUGAGCCAUUUAUCGAAGACGAUGUUCCUUUUGAUGAGUAUUGCCAGUCCAUGAAACAAGAUAGCACAUGGGCAGGCCAUAUGGAACUUCAGGUGGCUUCCCUUGUCACACAUUGUAAUAUCUGCAUACAUCGUGUCAUGUCUCCUCGCUGGUACAUACGAAAUUUCUCAAGUUCUAGAACUCAUAUGGUUCAUCUAUCAUAUCAUGAUGGAGAGCACUAUAACAGUGUUCGACUAAAAGAUGAUGGCUGCCAUGGUCCUGCUAGACCAAUUGUUAUUGAGGUGGAUGCUGACCUUUCUGCAAAAUCCUUGAAGGAGAAAACUGCUAGUGCCAAGUUUAAAUCUUCCUAUAAUAGCAAGAUCAUUGAUCCUGCAUCAGUUAAACUGGUCUCCUUAGGAACUGGUUGCGAAAAUAUCAAUAAAGUGGAACAGAUCCUUAAUGAAGUUGGUGGGGACAUUGAUGCUGCAAUAGAAUUCUUGAUAGCAGAACAGGGUGUAGAAGAAAAUAUGAUGUCGAUUGACAAACCUUGUACAGUACUAGAGCAUUUGCAGCAAGGUGAGAUCUGUGACAAUCCUUCAGAUCCUUCUGAAUUUGGCAACAGUGAACAGUCAAAGAAAGCAAACCACGCCAGCAAUGGUGAGGACAUCAGAGCUGGUGAGCUGCUCCCAAUCCAACAUGUGGUCAGCCCCUCCAGUCCCAGCAAGGUUUCCACUGUGAAUAAUAUUGCAAGAAACAAGCUAUGCCCUUGUGGUUCGAAGAAAAAGUACAAGAACUGUUGUGGAACAUCCACAGAGAAAUAUCGUGUGAAAAUUAUCAGUAACCAGAGAACUAUAAAAACUAAUGGGAGGAAGGGACGGGCACCCGGUGAAAAGACAGCAACUUGUUCAGAUUCACUUUCUGUUGGGCCAAAAGAAGAGGCACAUCCAGAUCUUGGUGCACUUUGUAUCUGAUAAAAGCACCAUCCAAGCUAUAAAUAGGAAAUCAAUUGGAGUUAUUCAGACCAUUUUUGAUGGAUCUAGCACAAUGCCGCAAAUCAAGUCAACACUGCUCAGAAUGAGAACUGAGAAUCCCCAAUCUUCCAUCGUAAGAGGAAGUUAACUUUCAGAAGAUAUCUUUAUACAUCAGGCACCACAAAAAUAAGUCUCUCAUGUCCUGUUUUGGGUCUCAUUUCUGGCUGUAUGAAUGAUACUUGCCAAGCUUGCAGCACAAGCUAGUGGUUAUAAUGUUAUACAUUUCCAUCCUGUUUUUGUCGACAUUGUCUUGUCAUUUUGUUUGUGCAUGAACAUUAGUUCGCAGGAGGGAGAAAUUGUAAAUGCUUGUCGGAUUGACACCUGAAUCAGAGAGAGAAUGAAAAAGGGGAGUCCUAUCAUUCGAAUUGAAACAUUAUAUUAGAUCUCAUUUUGUGCCCUUUCCAAUAAUGGGGGUGUUCU